AUGCCCCGUGGGAGUCGUAGCGCGGCUGCCCGGUCAGCCAGCCGCACCGCCGCGCCUUCUGCCCAUCCGCCCGCGCACCCGCCGCCCUCGGCCGCGGCCCAGGCCCCAGCGCCUUCAGGCCAGCCGGGCCUGAUGGCGCAGAUGGCGUCCACGGCCGCAGGGGUAGCCGUGGGCUCGGCCGUGGGACACGUGAUGGGCAGCGCCCUGACCGGAGCCUUCAGCGGGGGUAACUCAGAGCCUGCCCAGCCUGCCGCUCAGCAGGCCCCUGCUCAUGCUGCCCCCCAGGCCCUGCAAAUGGGGCCCUGUGCCUACGAGAUCAAGCAGUUCCUGGACUGCUCCACCACACAGAGUGACCUGACCCUGUGCGAGGGCUUCAGUGAGGCCCUGAAGCAGUGCAAGUACAACCAUGGUCUGAGCUCCCUGCCGUGAAGAGACUGCGCGGAUGGGUGCAGAUUCCUGAACGGGCCCUGCACCCACCUCCACCCUGUCACCGGCAGCCGACCACGACGUCAGAUUGUACCCAUGUAGCUGGGAUUGGCAGUGAGGAGGGGGUUUCUCACCCCACAGAAUACCCGAGACGCAAAUGUGCAAUUAAAAGAGUUUAUUUUAGA